AUGGCACUCACAACUUCUCCGGGCAUCCUUCACCCCUCCAUUAUGCGACCAUCAACGACUAUAACCCGCGCCCUCGCCCGCGAUCACUUUGUCUCGAUCACUGAGCUGGUGGAAUUAUUUCUACAAGAAGCCGACACAUUAGAGCUUCUAAAAUGCCAGCGAGUAUGCCGUCAACGGAAAGAGAUUAUCGAUGCCUCGGAUGUCCUGCAAGAGAAGCUCUUUUUUCGGCCUUUGGAAAAUUCUGAAGAAACAGAUGCAUUGGUCGAGAUGAACCCCAUCCUCGAGACCCAUUUCGCGCCGAUACUGCAAUUGCUGGAGGCCGACUCUCUGCCUUCGCACGCUUUAUGGACCCGGAACUGCCUCUACGCAGACCUUCAAACCCUGCCCUGGGCGCGCGAUGGCAUGACCGCCGACUGCCCUUCCCGUCUCGCGUUCGCGCGUGAAUGUGCAUCCUGGAGAAGAAUGCAUGUCUCACAGCCACCCAUCAAACGUCUAGACUGGUGGAACUCAUGGUCAUGCUCUGAUCGCGGAAGUAACGGGAACCCCAUGAUCUCUGGUAAAGGCCACGAGUACUCCAACGAAGCGCUCACCUUGGGGCUACUGUGGGACGUUAUUGAGGCGAGGCUGCUGCGUGGUUGCAGUGUGCAGACGACGGUCAUUCGGGUUGGGUGUGAGACGCUUGAAGAUCCGACUGCGUCGAGCUAUGAGAAAGGCUGGGAGCAGAGAUAUGCUACCAGGCCUGUGGGACGAGGAUAUUCGUCUCGGGCGCCGAGGGUGAGAGUGCAGUCUUGUCAUGUCUGGCCGGUCGCAGGUCCGUCGAUGUAUCAAGAGUUCCAAAUGCCUCAGUCCGUUUGGAAUAUUCAAAAUGAUAUUCCCCCUGCACUUGAUACGGGAGACAAGAGGCGCAUGUAUGAGACCUAUGCCCAGAACGGUUGGAUGUGGUUGGCGCUUGACUGUCUGCGUGAUUCGGACGUCGAAGUUGCGUCGCAGACUUGGAGAUGGUCUAAGAGUGACGGUUUUCAGGGCAUUCAGUUGCGUCGUUCUGACUGUUUAGGACCAGGCGGCAAUCGGCGAGAGGCAUUGAGAAGGCGGCAGGAAGGAGUUUCACAGCUGGGGAGUUGA